AUGGCCGUCCUCGGAAAGCGCAAGGCCACAGAGGAGCCGACAAUAUCGACAGAAGACGCACAGGAAAUCUUCCGACGACACUUUGAAGCGCAGUUCCUUCCGCUGCCGGAGGCAGAGCGCAAGGCGCGAGAGGAGGAAGAGGAGGAGGACAGUGACGACGAUAGCAAUGGCAGUGACGGUGAAGGAGGCGAAUGGGGUGGAUUGUCGAAUGAGGAUGACGGCUCCGACGACGACGAUGACGAGCUAGAUGACGAUGAGGACGACGACUCUCCCACCAUCGAAGUCGUCGACCACUCCGUCUCCCAAGCCCCCAAAACGAGCACAAUGUCCAAACGCGAACUCAAAGCCUUCAUGUCCUCCCGCCCACCAGACCCAACCUCCUCCUCCUCAUCUUCAAAGACUCCCCAGCCGUCCUCGAAAUCCUCCUCCGCCCUCCCCGAAGACGCCCCCUCCCUCCUCGCGCAAGACCUCGAGCUCCGCCGCCUCAUCGCAGAAUCCCACCUCCUCAGCACCAACAAGCCCACCUCCCUCUCCUCCAUCCUCUCGUCGUCGUCGUCGCAGUCCGAGCCAAAGACUUUCGCUGCAGGCCGCGUCCGCCAGAAAGCGCUCGACCUCCGCAUCCAGGCCCUGGGCUCGAAAACGUCCAUUCUCAAGCAGGAGAAGAUGCCAAUGCACAUGCGCAAGGGCAUCAAUGCUGCCGCUGUGGAGAGGGAGGCUAAGCGGAGGCGCGAGGCCAAGGAGAGCGGUGUGAUUCUGGAGCGGGAGACGGGGAAGAAGAAGAAGAGGGAUCGGAAGAGCGGAGGAGGCGGUGGUGGAUUUGGACCGGCCGUGGGUAGAAUGAGGGGUGCUGAGCUGAGGAUAAGCGAGAGGGAUGUCAAGAAGAUUGAAGGGGCGAGGGAUACCUUCGGCAGGAGAGGCAAACGAUGA